GCUCUGGGCCACAGCAACUCGCUCCAAGUUCCCUCCCUCGCUCCCCGGCGAAGCCUGCCUGAGCCCUCCCACUCGUUGCAGACCGAACCAUCGCGCCCGCAGUCAGCCGGGGCGCUCCACGGCCUCGCGUCCUGGGCCCCCUCGGCCACCCCGGUCGGCUCUCCGCCCGUGGCCCAGCGAGGCGGUGGCGAGGGCUUGGCAGCCCCUGCGGUCCGCACUAGGUCCUCGGGCGGCGCCGGCUGCCGGGACCCCGUCCCUCGCGCGCCGCGACUCUCUCUGCCUGCCGUCCCCUGGAGUCCAGCGCCCGGUUCGGGCCGCACCGCGCCGAACCGAGGAGCGCGGCCGAGAAAUCCCCAGUUGGACAUCCGAAGCAGUGGAAGUUAACAAGAAGUCUUUAAGGCUUGAAAGGGAAAUAAAAGCAAUAAAAACAAAUGUGAAGAUCAUGCCUACCCUUUGGAGGAAGAUGAUUCAAGCUGCAAAAUGCAAAAUACCAUCAAGAUAGCAGAUAUUUCAUACUGCAGAGAGUACCUUAAGAUAGGGAGGAUCCCCUGUGACUUCCGCCUACCAUCCUCAAAAUACUGAUUCCUCUUUCAAGAAUUUCAUAUGCAUUUCUUCUUGUUGGAUGACUAAACCGGAUGAUGGAAGGGGUGCUCUGCCUGCAGUUAAACACAAAGACCUGGGGAGACUCCCACAUCCUUGGGGAGAAGAAAAGAGGCAGCCAAGCAGAUUAAAGGGACUUGUGGCUCGUGGCCUUUCUGCACAGGAGCAAAGUGAAUUCUGGCCACAGUGGCAAUUAACGAGCUGUGUGAGAUGAGGCGCUGCCGCGGCUGCUGACACCCAAAGUUCCAGGAUCCGUUGGCUGCCCUUUGUGCCUCACGCACAUGUGUCUAUUCAGCGCAUCCGGAGGCGCCCAGAAGAGAAUCCAACACGGCUGCCGGGGAGAGACCGCCCACCAUGCCCACGGAGACCCUACAGACAGGUAGCAUGGUGAAACCGGUCAGCCCCGCGGGCACCUUCACCUCAGCCGUGCCCCUGCGCAUCCUCAACAAGGGGCCCGACUACUUUCGCAGACAGGCUGAGCCCAACCCAAAGAGACUCAGCGCCGUGGAGAGGCUGGAAGCGGACAAGGCCAAGUACGUCAAGAGCCAGGAGGUCAUCAACGCCAAGCAGGAGCCUGUGAAGCCGGCCGUGCUGGCCAGACCCCCGGUGUGCCCCACCGCCAAGCGCGCGCUGGGCAGCCCUACGCUCAAGGUGUUUGGCGGCGGAGCCAAGACUGAGAGCGGGGUGCAGAGGGAAAACCUCAAGCUCGAGAUCCUGAAAAACAUCAUCAACAGCUCAGAGGGCUCCAGCUCAGGCUCAGGCCACAAGCACAGCUCCCGGAAUUGGCCACCCCACCGGCCCGACGCCGCCGACCUGCACCGUCACUCCUUUGCCGAGUCGCUCAGGGUCUGCCCCACGCAGGGCCGUGGCAGCCCGCAGGAGGGCGGCUCCCACGUGGGCCGCAGGCUGCUGGAGCCAUCAGCCGAGUCCUUCCUGCACGUGUCGCACAGCUCCUCAGACAUCCGCAAGGUGACCAGCGGGAAGCCCUUGAAAGCGAUCCCCUGCAGCAGCUCCGCCCCACCCCUUCCUCCUAAACCCAAGGGGGCUGCCCUCGCGGCCGUGAAGUCUCCUGAGGUCGACCCCGUGGAACCCACCUGCGGGGUCAGCCGGAGACCCUCGCUCCAGCGUUCCAAGUCAGACUUGAGUGACAGGUAUUUCCGGGUGGACGCAGACGUGGAGAGGUUCUUCAACUACUGCGGAUUGGACCCCGAGGAGCUGGAAAACCUGGGAAUGGAAAACUUUGCAAGGGCUAAUUCCGACAUAAUAUCCCUCAAUUUCCGCAGUGCAAGCAUGAUCAGCUCAGACUGUGAACAGUCUCAGGACAGUAACAGUGACCUUAGAAAUGACGACAGUGCCAAUGACCGGGUGCCAUAUGGCAUUUCUGCCAUCGAAAGAAAUGCUAGGAUCAUCAAGUGGUUAUAUAGCAUCAAACAAGCCAGGGAGUCACAGAAGGUCUCCCACGUGUAAGGCAAAGUGUGUGCAGAGGAAGGAGGGGUGGUGGGUCUCUGUCUGUGCACCCAAAGCUGUGAAGGUUGUGAGGUCUCCUUGAGGUGUCGUGAGCUUCUCCACUCUCUUUGUGUUGCUUGUUGUGCAAUGUUUCCAAGUUGCAUGCCUGUCAACAUGGGGACUGACCUGGCUGCCACGUCAACCUUUGCUGCAGAGCCUGGCUGAACACACGUCAUCUGCCAAAAGUUUCGGGCCAGAAUCUAAUUAGGGCUUCAAUCUUAAGCAAAACUGUUUACAGGAAAAACGGUAUACAACUUCUUCAAUAUUUAUGUGGUUCUUGUGUUUUUAUAUCCCACGCUAUUGUGUCUUAAUUAAAAGUUUUAUCAACUGG